ACUGAACACACACACACGCACGCACACUUCUGUCGGCGCGUCGCGACCGUUGCCCGCAACACCGAGAAACCGGCGUUCGCGGCGUGCUUCACACCAGCGGCUGGUCGGACGAUGCCGGUUAUUUUAGGUGCCGGCAUGUAUGGUCGACCCCGUGACUUAAACUUACCAGGCCUUUGUUGGUGUAGCCGACCAACCUACCGGUGGGCUGCCUUAAAUCGUGCAAUUUUACACCAGUGCAUCAACGUGAUACGAUCCAUAAUUGCAUCCAGCAGUAAUACUGACCCAACGAUCAUUGUGUCGGCGUGGUGGAGACGAUGCGCGCCAUACCGAAAUGGGUUGAGAAGAUCCACGAUUCGAGCGACAAAAGUGACGUCGCCAGCAUCCACUCGCUAUGCUACCAUCCGGAGGGUCUGCAGCUGGUGGUGGCCGCCGGCGACAAGGUGCUCGUGUACGAUCCGAUCGACGGCAAUCUGAUCAACUCACUCAAGGGCCACAAGGACACGGUGUACUGUGUGGCGUACGCGCGCGACGGUAAAAAGUUUGCGUCGGGCAGUGCGGACAAAACCGUCAUCAUCUGGACGCAGAAGCUGGAAGGGCUGCUGAAGUAUUCCCACAACGAUUCGAUUCAAUGUUUAGCGUUUAACCCAAUCUCGCACCAGCUGGCCUCGUGUGCGGUUUCGGAUUUUUCCUUCUGGUCGUCCGAGCAGAAAGCGGUCCAGAAGUACAAGUCGGUCGCGCGCAUCAACGCGUGCGCCUGGACGAACGAUGGGCAGUACAUUGCGCUCGGGCUGGCAAACGGCACGAUCUCGAUACGCAACAAGGCCGGCGAGGAGAAGAUCAAGAUCGAGCGGCCGGGCGGCCCGAACAGCCCCAUCUUUGGGCUGGCCUGGAACCCGCCCGCAACGUCCGGCUCGUCCGACAUACUGUGCGUGAUCGAUUGGGCCCAGACGCUGUCGUUCUACUCGCUCGGCGGGCAGAUGAUUGGGAAGGAGCGAAACUUUGCGUUUGAUCCGCUGUGCCUGACGUUUUUCCCGAACGGCGAGUUUCUGAUCGUGGCCGGUUGCAACAAGGCGCUGCAGCUGUUUACGAGGGAUGGCAUCCGGUUGGGGCUGUUGGGCGAGCAGCACGAAUCGUGGAUCUGGAGCGCGGCCGUACAUCCGGCAGGAAACUGUGUGGUCGUCGGCUGUCAGGACGGGACGCUCGGUUGCUAUACGCUCGCAUUCAACACCGUGCACGCGCUGUACCGCGAGCGGUACGCGUUCCGGGAGAACAUGUGCGACGUCAUCAUACAGCAUCUCGUAUCCGGCCAGAAGGUGCGCAUCAAGUGCCGCGAUCUGGUGCACAAGAUCGCCAUCUACCGCAACCGGCUGGCGGUGCAGCUGCCCGAACGGGUCGUACUGUACGAGCUGAGCUCGGCCGAAAACCAGCCGAUGCACUACAAGGUGAAGGAAAAGAUUGCGAAAAAGUUCGACUGCAGUCUGCUGGUCGUGUGCGCGCAGCAUUUGGUGCUGUGCCAGGAGAAGAAGCUGCAAAGCCUCGACUUUAACGGGGUGCUGCAGCGCGAAUGGAUGAUGGAUAGCUUCAUACGCUACAUUAAGGUUACCGGUGGGCCGGCUGGGCGCGAGGGCUUGCUGUUGGGGCUGAAGAGUGGACAGGUUUGGCGCAUCUUUCUCGACAACUCACUGCCGAUACUGGUCACGACGGUGCUUUCGUCGGUGCGCUGUUUGGAUUUGAAUGCAUCGCGCACCAAGCUGGCCGUAGUGGACGAUGCGGGACGGUUGGUGGUGCGUGAUCUGAUCGCCGACACGAUGCUGUAUCAGGACACGAGCGUUAAUUCGGUCGCGUGGAACACGCACCUCGAGUCGAUGCUGUGCUAUUCGCACACAACCGGUGGGCUGAGCGUGCGGGUCGGCUCGUUGCCACCGCGCAGCCCUCAGACGAUGCUGGGCGUGGUGGUGGGUUUGUGUGGUGCGACCGCCUUCUGUUUGCGGGGCAACGUGAUGAGCAAUGUGCCUCUUGCGCUCGGCGCUACGAUGUGGCAGUUUGUCGAGGCGGGUUUGUUUGAGGACGCUUAUCAAGUAGCCUGUCUCGGUGUGCCGAUGUCCGACUGGGAGGGUCUCGCUCAAGCCGCACUGGAUGCACUCAACUAUCAGGUGGCGCGCGAUGCUUACGUGAAGGUACGCAACCUGCCCUGGCUGGAGCUCAUCGGCGACUUGAAGGAGCGUCAAAAACGGGGCGAAACGUCCAAAGAGGUCCUGCUGGCGGACACGUACGCGUUCGCAGGGAAGUACAAGGAGGCGUCCCGGCUGUACCAGAAAUCGGGCAACAACAGCAAAGCCCUCGCAAUGUACAGCGAUCUGCGUAUGUUCGAUCUUGCGCAGGAGUUCCUCAAAGAGGGCAGUGCCGCCGAUCGGAAGGAAUUGAUCCGGCGGCGGGCAGAAUGGGCUUGCUCGGUGCACGAGCCGCGGGCCGCCGCCGAGCUGCUGCUGUCGGCCGGCGAACCGGAACGGGCGAUCGAAAUCGUGGCCGAGCAGGGAUGGGCCGAUGUGCUGCUCGACAUUGGCAGGCGGCUGGCAGCGUCGGAAAGGGUGCCGCUGGAGCUGAUCGCUAGCCACUUGCGGCGGCUGAAAGCGCUCCCGCUGGCGGCAGAAAUUUAUCGCAAGCUGGGCGAGGAGGAGCAGGUGGUGCAGCUGCACGUGGAGGCACGCGACUGGCCGGAAGCGUUCCGUUUGGCGGAGCAUUUGCCGAAGGUGCUGCCGUCGAUUCACUUUCAGCACGCGCAGUGGCUGGCUGAGUCGGACCAGUUCAUAUCGGCCCACGAGGCGUACAUACUGGCGGGCAAGCCGCACGAAGCUACCAAGCUGCUGCGGAAUCUGGUUGAAUGUGCCGUGUCGGAGGAACGGUACCUGGACGCGGGCUACUACACGUGGCUGAGAGCGAAGCAAGCGCUGAAGUUGCUGGGAGGCGAUGAGGCGUCACUGGAUGGGAAUGAUGCCGGGGUGGGCGAGUAUCGCGCGUUGCUGAAGCUUUCGUCGAUCUAUUACGCUUACCAUACGAUCAAUGCGUACCUGAAGGAACCAUUCACAAGCAGCCCACCGCUUACUCUGUUCAAUACGAGCCGGUUUGUGGUGAAUCAAAUCAAUGGGGCCAUGCCGCCGAAGGGGAUCAGUUUGUUUGCCGUUUACUACACCCUCUCGAAGCAGGCGAAAGUGCUCGGCGCGAACAAGCUGCACCUGCAGAUCAACAACAAGCUGCAGUCGCUGAAGAUACCGGCCGGCAUACAGGAGCAGGUCGACAUUAGCUACAUCAGCAGCCGGGCCUGUCCGGGUGGAUUUAACGACCCGGAAGAGCUGCUGCCGAUGUGCUACAAGUGUUCGAACUACAGCCCCCAUCUGCACGGCAAUCGGUGCCCCAACUGUCAGCAGGAGUACGUGUUUUCGUACGUUUCUUUCGAGAUUUUACCGCUGGCGGAGUUUGCACCGGAGGCGGGCAUUAGCGAGCUGGACGCGGAACGGUUGCUGUUGGCUCCACCGAAGAGCGCUGCGUACGAUCAGCAGGACCAGUUCAUUCAGGAGGACAUUAUCGACACCUAUCCGUCAACGCUCGAUCGUGAGGCGCUGCGUGCGAUCGACCCGCGUGAGGUGAUCAUCGUACGUGGGCCUGCUCCGUUAGCGACGCGUUACUAUCGCAACCUGCUGCCAGAGCUGCAAAUUACCGUCUGUUCGGAAUGCAAUCAAGUGUUUCAUUCGGAGGACUUUGAGCUCCAGUUUCUGCAGAAGGGCUACUGUCCAUUCUGUCGCUCGACGGACGAAAGCCUGAUGAAUUGAAGGGCCAGUGUCUUAGCCGAAGCAAUGCCUUUGAAUUUGAUCUCAAACAACCGAAUUCCGUCCAUUUCAAGCAUCAAAUGUAGUUUGUAGUUUUGUGUUAGAGUGUUCUAAAGAGUAUACUAAGUAAGGGAGAACAUACUCAAACGUGUGUGAACAUUAAUCGAAACAUUUCAUUCCUUUAGAUUAAUAAUUUAUUUCCCUUCCUAUUUUUAAUUUUAUACAACUGAAUGGCUAUUGACAGUAUCUUUAAUUUUCCUAUUGCACCAAAUAAGUGUUAAUGAGUAGACUCGAUUGGAAAAUUCGGUGAAUAAAAACUAGAAGAUGUUUUUAUCUAGAUGUUAAUAUUAUUCG